AUGUGUAUCUUGCGCGCGCGCGCGCGCGCGCGCGUGUGUGUGUGUGUCCUCUUGAUACUCGCCCGACCGAAUGGAGGUAGAACCUGCCGAGUAGAAGUGGAGGAGGCGGUUCUGGUGGGGGCGGUGGUGGCGAUGACAGCAGUAAUGGCGGUGGCGGUAUUGCUGCAAAGAUGGAGCGUUGGUGGUGAUGAAGGUGGCAGAGGCAGAGGUGGCGGCGGCGACGACGGUGGAAGUGGUGACUACCACGACGGAAGCAGAUGCGGAAGCGGUAGUGGCGACGGUCGGUUCAUUGCAAUGACGAUCCACACACGGCGCCUACGGCGCAUGGGGUACAGACCUACCCGUCAGCAUUUGUAUCGCCACCCAACGGCGUACCACCCAAUCAGGACAAGCUCUAAGCCACCGCCGGGAUUCGAGUCCAAGGACCUCCAGGCGAGUCUGUGGGGCGGGGCGAUCACUGACGCAAAAUCCCCGUUGCCACCCCGUUCGGUGGGGCUUCAUUUCCAUCUCCUGAGACACGAGGGACGGGGGAAAACCCCGCGCAUUCCGCAGCGAAACCCCGAAAUAACCGCCCCCGCUGACUGA